AUGUCCGAAGUUGUGACCGAUCCCCAAGAACAGUUUGAGUGGAUAACUAAAAACCUCCAGGAGGUGCUCAAUUCGCAGAUCAUCAAGCAGGUCCUGGAAGAGGAGAAGCGGCCGCUGAAAGUCUACUGGGGAACCGCUCCCACAGGAAAACCUCACUGUGGCUACUUUGUUCCUAUGACCAAGCUGGCCCAUUUCCUCAAGGCCGGCUGCGAGGUCACCGUGCUGCUGGCCGACCUGCACGCCUUCCUGGACAACAUGAAGGCUCCUUUGGAGGUGGUCAGCUACAGAGCCAAGUACUACGAGUAUGUGGUGAAGAGCAUCCUGAAAUCCAUUAAUGUGCCAAUUGAAAAACUGCGUUUUGUGACCGGCUCGGAGUACCAGCUGAAGCCGGAGUACACGAUGGACCUGUUCAAGCUGUCGAACUUUGUGACGACGCACGACGCCAAGAGAGCCGGCGCCGAGGUCGUCAAACAGGUCGAGAAUCCGCUGCUCUCUGGUCUGAUCUACCCGUUGAUGCAGGCGUUGGACGAGGAGCAUUUGGGCUGCGACGCCCAGUUCGGCGGAGUGGACCAGAGAAAGAUCUUCACGCUGGCUGAGGAGAACCUGACGUCGCUGGGCUACAAGAAAAGAGCGCAUUUGAUGAACCCUAUGGUGCCUGGUCUUGGACAGGGCGGCAAGAUGUCUGCGUCGGACCCCAACUCGAAGAUCGACGUUCUGGACGAGCCGAAGGUGGUCAAGAAGAAGAUCGGCGCCGCGUUCUGUGCGCCGGGCAACGUCGAGCAGAACGGCCUGCUGUCGUUUGUGGAGUACGUGCUUGGUCCGAUUUACGAGCUCAAAAACGGCAAAGAUAAAUUCAGGUUCCACGUCCAGAGACCAGAAAAAUAUGGCGGAGAUAUCACCUACAACACGUUUGAGGAGCUCAAGCAGGCAUUCAAGGACGAGCAGCUGAGUCCCGUCGACCUCAAGGCGGGUGUUGCCGACGCCAUCAACGAGCUGCUGGCCCCGAUCAUCAAGGACUUCAGCGAGUCGUCAGAGUUCCAGGAGGCCCAGCAGAAGGGCUAUCCUGCUCCAGUCCAGGAGAAGAAAAAAACGAAGAAGGUGAAGGACAGGGGCUCCAAGUACCCUGGAGCCAAGAGCGACGAGAAGAGCGACGAGAAGGUGGCCGAGACGGCCCAGAAGCUCGAGCAGACGGCUCUGCAGUAG